AGUUGGCAGAAUUGUUGGGUGAAAAUUAAGAAUAGAAUGACAUGACGGAUGUAAAAGGAACAGCUGAAUAAAAGGGUCCUUACCAAAUUAUAGAAAUAUAAAACUCAAAAAUCGGAUACUAAAGGCGAUAAGCUAGAUACAAAUUCAAUUGGCUUAAGACAAUCAGGAGUAUAUUACAUUAAUCCAAAAGUGAAAGUGGCCGUUUGUUGAAUGACUACAACUAAAAAUGACCAAAGUAGUGCAAACAUAAAAACAAGAAAUCAUUCACUAAUUGAUAAAGUGGCAAAGAUCCGAUUUUCAUUUUGUAACUAUGAAGGAUUGUUUAAAGUGUUGAUAUUUUAGUUAUGUACCUUAAAAUUGAUUGUGUGUAAUGAAUACCUGCUAAUAAUUACCGAAUUUGGAUCGAAAAAAAAAGAGAAAGAAAAUGUCAGCAAUGAAAAGUGGUGGUCUUACUAAAAAAGAAGGCAAAAUGCGAAUUCGAGCCUUCCCAAUGACUAUGGAUGAAAAAUAUGUGGAGAGUAUAUGGGCAUUAUUGAAAAAUGCAAUUCAAGAAAUCCAAAAGAAAAAUAAUUCAGGUUUAAGUUUUGAAGAACUUUAUAGAAAUGCCUAUACUAUGGUUUUACAUAAACAUGGGGAACGUUUAUAUACAGGUUUAAAAGAAGUUGUAACACAUCAUCUAGAAAUAAAGGUUAGAGAAGAUGUUUUGAAAUCCCUACACAAUAAUUUUUUAAUGACAUUAAAUCAAGCUUGGAAUGAUCAUCAAACAUCAAUGGUCAUGAUAAGAGAUAUCCUUAUGUAUAUGGAUAGAGUUUAUGUACAACAAAAUGAUGUUGAUAAUGUAUAUAAUCUUGGACUUAUUAUAUUUAGGGACCAGGUGGUGCGGUAUGGUUGUAUUAGAGAUCAUUUGCGAGAAACUUUACUUGAUAUGGUAAUGAGAGAACGUAGGGGAGAGAAAGUCGAUAGAAUUUCUAUUAAAAACGCUUGUCAAAUGUUGAUGGUUCUGGGUAUUAAUUCUCGCUCUGUCUAUGAAGAAGAUUUCGAACGACCGUUUUUACAACAAUCUGCAGAGUUUUAUAAGGUGGAGAGUCAACGAUUUUUAGCAGAAAAUAGUGCUUCAGUGUAUAUAAAAAAGGUCGAAGCAAGAAUUAAUGAGGAAUCUGACCGUGCUAAACACUAUUUAGAUGAAUCAACAGAAUCUCGAAUCGUCGAAGUAGUAGAGGAAGAAUUAAUAAAAAAGCAUAUGAAGACAAUUGUGGAGAUGGAGAAUUCUGGUGUGGUGCAUAUGCUGAAACAUCAAAAAACCGACGACUUAGCUUGUAUGUACAAACUUUUUGGACGUGUUACUGAUGGUCUUAAAACUAUGUCAGAUUGUGUGAGUCUGUACCUUCGGGAACAAGGUAAAGCACUUGUUCAAGAAGAAGAGCAUCAACCAGCUACCAACGCCAUCACAUUUGUGCAAUCUCUCUUGGAUCUCAAAGAUGGUUUCGAUCAUUUCCUAAAGAAUUCCUUCAAUAACGAUAAAAUAUUUAAACAAAUGAUUGCGUCGGAUUUCGAACAUUUUCUAAAUUUAAAUCCAAAAUCACCGGAAUAUUUAUCUUUAUUCAUCGAUGAUAAGCUCAAAAAAGGUGUUAAAGGGAUGUCAGAACAAGAUAUAGAACUCGUUUUAGAUAAGUCGAUGGUUCUAUUUAGGUUUCUUCAAGAAAAAGAUGUAUUUGAAAGGUAUUAUAAACAACAUCUUGCCAAACGGCUGUUACUCAAUAAAUCUGUCAGUGAUGAUUGGGAAAAGAACAUGAUCUCCAAGUUAAAGACGGAAUGCGGCUGCCAAUUCACAUCCAAGUUAGAAGGAAUGUUCAAAGACAUGACUGUUUCUAAUACAAUUAUGGAUGAAUUUAAAGAACACAUUACCAAAUCUGAGACUAAUUUAGGAGGCGUAGAUUUAUUUAUGCGAGUACUUACAACCGGUUUUUGGCCAACCCAGAGUGCUACUCCAAAAUGUCACAUACCAGCUGUUCCUCUUGCCGCGUUUGAAUGUUUUCGGCGGUUUUACUUAGCCAAACAUAGUGGACGCCAAUUGACGUUGCAGCCCCAACUUGGUAAUGCCGAUCUGAAUGCCGUCUUUUAUGGACCUAAGAAAGAUGAUAGUGAUAAAGAUGGGGCGUGUUCUUCCUCAACCACAAUAGUUUCAACAAGAUCGGGUCCCCGUAAGCACAUUAUACAAGUUUCGACUUACCAGAUGGUAGUUUUGAUGUUGUUUAAUAAUCACGACAAACUUACGUAUGAAGAGAUUCUAAACGAAUCCGAUAUACCCGAACGAGAUCUUAUUAGGGCGUUGCAAUCAUUAGCGAUGGGUAAGGCUACCCAAAGGAUUCUAAUUAAAAACCCGAAGACUAAAGAAAUAGAAUCCAGCCACGAAUUUUACGUUAACGAUUCGUUCACUUCAAAAUUGCAUAGAGUUAAAAUACAAACGGUAGCGGCAAAAGGAGAAAAUGAACCCGAAAGGCGAGAAACAAGGAAUAAGGUAGAUGAAGAUAGGAAGCAUGAAAUUGAAGCAGCUAUUGUACGAAUAAUGAAGUCUCGCAAAAGAAUGGCGCACAACAUCUUAGUUACAGAAGUAACCGAACAAUUGAAGAGUCGUUUUCUUCCCUCGCCCGUUAUAAUAAAGAAAAGGAUAGAAGGUUUAAUAGAGAGAGAAUAUUUGGCGCGCACGCCGGAGGACAGAAAAGUGUACACUUACGUGGCAUGAACUUUUUUAAAAAGGAUCAUUAUGAGACUGUGGAUAGUGGUCCAGUGAUCUUCUAUAGAUGAAUAUUUACAUAAACGUAAUUAAUAUUAAUUAAAUUAUUCCAACAGGUUCAUAUUUUUUUUGUCUAAUUACUGCGAAUUGUUGAAAAGAAAUAUAAACAUUUUAGAAAAACGAAAGACGACUUACGACCAUCAAUACGGUAACUUAGUUUACAACAAUAGUGUGAUAGAAUUAAUGACAAGAGAUUUGUGGAUUUUUAUUUUGCAAUAAAGAAAUGAUGCCGCACAAAUAAAUUGUGAUCGUUGGGAUUUCGAUUCUAGGAUCGGACGUACAAACUCAUAUUUUAUAAAGCGAAAUUUUAUUUAAAACUUAAAUCUCUAUAGUCUAUCUAGGUUUUAAAUCCCGACAAUCUUUUUAUAUCUAUCAUUUGAAGUUUUCUUACAUUUAUUCGUAAUUAAAUUGAUAAUUUGGUCACAAAGCAAUUUAAAACAAAAUAAAUAAAAUGUGUAUGAAACAAUAUAUUUUAAAUUUCACUAGAAUGUAUAUUGAUGUUCGCUAUUAAUUAAUAGAUUUACUUUAUAAAUUUGUGCUAUUGUGAAAAAUUUGAACUAAUUUAUCUCUUUAAGAUGUCUAGUUCUAUUUUUAAUCAUAAUCUCUAAAUACAUACCGCCCUAUGUUCUUGUGGCGCUUUUUUGUGAUCUCCGUAGAACCCGAAAUUUUUCUUCUUCCACUGAUAUUGUGAAUAUCCGUUUUCAUCCUUUUACAUUUUUCUACAACUUUAUAUUCCAGGUAUAACAGUCACCUUUUGGAAGGUCCCAUGAAAAUAACCAACCAAACGUCAUGUUUGACGGUGGUAAAAUAUUCAUUUACCGUACGAGCCGUUUUGGCACAAAUUUUUGCCGAAGAAUGAUUCAUUCCCACAUAGCUUUUAUGAAACAACCAUAAACACCAUAAAUAAACAACAAACUAGUUUCAAACUCUAAUAAAAUUUUUACAUAACAGGUGUGGAUUUAUUUAUUAGAUGUGUUGGCUCCAUUGAUUGUGCAUAUCUAGGUAUUAUUCUAUAAUCAUUCUCAAAAUGGUACACAUAACCACAUUUUGACAGUAUCUAAUUUUUUGCUUCUGUCUUUUUGAGGAACUGUGGUGUGCAGACAUUUAUAUAAUAUGUGUUAAAUUAUUUCCUAGAAUUAAGUCCUCGUAUUUAAUAUCAGCUGAUAUGGUGAUCACAUACAUCAGUCACCAAGUUUCUUACAAAUUUAUUGAUACGAAAUUGUCUGGCAACAUUCUAACUUAUACAGAAGGGCUUCCAACUUUUUGCCACUGAUAUGGCCUCUGGUGUCGCUUUAUCUUUCCUAACCUAAAAUCAAAUAAAAACUAGAAAUGAAAUGAACGUUUUUUAAAAUGAAAAUUAUUAUCCUUUGAAAAAAUCAACUACAUAGUGAAUUUUAUAUUGUUAUCUACAAACUGUCUGGUAAAGUUGUAUCAAUAAUGAAUAUAAUUAUUUGCUUUAUGAAGUUUGCAUAAAAAUACUGUUUUGGUAGAAAUUGUGUACGUUCAAUAAAAAUUUUGUCCUAUAAGACUGCUAUGUGACCUAAUCAUAUUUAAAUUUAUAUAUAUAUAUAUAUAUAUAUAUAUAUAUAUAUAUAUAUAUAUAUAUCAGCGUUUCACUUCCGAAACUUCCUAGGAGUGAAAAUGACACAUAUUUUUUUAGAUUUUUCAAGAUUCUGUAAAAAUAUUACAGGACGAUAGAUAUAUAAAUCAGGUCACUAGAUAUUUGCUUUAGAUCUUUUCAAUGACUCAAUAAUUGUGGCCUGUCAUAAUGUAUUCUAGACAAAAUUUCAUUACUAACACCUGUGCUACCCAAAUGGUUUAAUUCUCGAAAUAUUUCAAUCUUACAGAGAUAUAAGUUUAAAUUGUGAGAUUGAACAAAAAUUUUUUUCGGCUUUGGCUUCAUUUUCAAAUCCUCGGAAUGGAAAUUUUUUGUUUGUCAAAUUUUUGCCUCUUUUAGUAAUCAAUUCAAAUUUUAUUGAACUAUCGUCGUCAAUAGUUUGGCUUCAUUUUUCACAAAGUCCAGUCUGUCUUAUCUAAAAAUUAUCCACCUCAUGUCUUUUAUACCUAUAAACAUUCUCAAAUCUUUAUCCAGUGCUUUGUGAUCUUGAAUCAACCAAUCCUUGUUUUACUGUACCAAUUUCCUCAUUAAAUUUUUAUGUAUUCUUGGACAUUAAGCAGUACUUCAUACUUUUCUUAGCCUUUUUUUAGGUCUUCUUAAGAUCAGCUGGUAAAAAUGAGUGCCCACUGACUGGGAAGGUUGCAUUAUCAUGAUGGAACACUAAAACUUUCUGAUUUGACAAUUCUGGCCAUUUUUCUUCAUUGCUUCAUCCAGUUCCAUCAAUUGGUUUCCAAAGAAAUGGACAAUUUGUUGUGGUUAUUAUUUGUAUGAAAACAUUUUUUGUUGAUACUUUAUUUUUUUUGUAAAGAUGUCGAAAACAAGUUAUUAAGCAGUUUAUCACUUUAUAUAGCAAAAAUAUUUCAAGACACACUACAUUUUUUCAAUAUUUAACGUUAAUGAUAUAUCUGUAUGAUCACAGAAAAGUGUUGAGGCUUUUAUUAAUCUGAUAAAAAAACAAAUGUUAUCAAAAAAAAUUUUGGUAAUAUUUAUUUACUUGCUUCCGUCAAAUUUUCAACUACUUUCUAGAUUGAAAACAAAAAGUGAAACAAGGAAACUGUACUCACUGUUUUCUACCACUGCACUAAAAAUCAGUUACACUGUUAUCAUCCUGUAUGAUCUAAGGUGAACAAUCUCUGAAGAGGACGACAUGGUUAUCGAAACGUGCAUCAGGUAGCGUAAUUGAUGUGGUGGUAGUAAAUAAUGUGUUCAGUAUUAUUAUUACUAACAGUUGUAGAAGUCCCAACUUAGUGGUCAUUAAAAUUUCUGUGUACUGUGAAUAAUAACACCAACAACACAAUUUCUAAGAGUUGUAUUGGAAGUGAAUCAUGAUAAAUAUUUUUGGCAUCAUUCCUUGUAAUAAUGAUAUUUAAUAAAGUUACUUUUCGU